AUAUAUAAGACUCACAUGGAAGCAUUUUGCGCCGACAAGAAAGGCAACAACAAAAAGGAGAAGGUUUUGGGCAUUUGUGGAAAGAGUUGGAGGGGUUGGAGAGGGUUGGAAGAAAUGGAGGGGAGUUCAUCUGCUUCAAAGAGUAAUGGUAGUGUGGUGGUGGUGGUGGAGGAGGGAGAGGGGGAGGAGAAGAGGGUGGGAGUUGAAGAAGGAGAGGGUGAUGAAGAUGGUUUUGCUCCAGGAUUUGUUCCUGGACCUCUGGUUUCUCUCAAGGAACAACUUGAGAAAGAUAAGGAUGAUGAAAGUUUGAGGAGGUGGAAAGAAAAACUGCUUGGUUGUGUUGAUGGGCAAUUUUAUGACCAAAUGGAGCCUGAAGUUACAUUUUACUCCAUAACGGUACUCUCGGAAGGUCACAAUGAGAAUAUUACAAUCUCGACAUUGACUGAGAAUCAGCCGCGAGUUCUCUUCACUCUGAAAGAAAAUUCCUCUUAUCGUCUUCAGUUAAGAUUCAGUGUUCAACACAACAUUGUCUCCGGCCUGGCUUAUUCUAAUACUGUGUGGAAGGGAGGAGUCCGAGUUGAUGAAACAAAAGGUAUGUUGGGUACCUUUGCUCCGCAGCGGGAAAUCUAUGUACACACACUGGAAGAGGAGACAACUCCGUCUGGUAUACUUGCUCGGGGAAUUUACUCUGCGAAACUCAAGUUUGAAGACGAUGAUAAACGAUGCUACUUGGAACUCAACUAUCAGUUUGAAAUCAAGAGCAAGUAGGCGAAAUUUUCAGGAUUGUAGAGAAUCUGAUAUUGCAUUGAAUCAGAUUACACUGUUAAACUUUGCACAAUAACUCUGCAAAAUCUUUAUAAUGUUUUUUCAAUGAUUAUGCUCAACAAAUUUGCUGCUGUUUCUCAAUCAUUCAGUUAGAGAAAUAAUACUUUGUUGAUAUUA